AUGACGACUAAACUCAGUGUCAGCCAUUUCACGAGACUCCUUGCUCGUACUGCCGUGUUGCAAGUUCUGAUCAGUACAGCCACACCAUUCGACAUUGCCAACAUCAGCAAUACUAGCUCGAACAAUUGUGUUUGGGAGUUCAGCCCGGCUAUUUGCGGCGAGGCUGUCAGUUAUCAAGAGCUUGUUUAUCCAACCACCACUGAGUGCAUGCCUCUCGCCAUUGGGAUGAAGAAUGUUUGGACCAACGAAUGCUCCGACUGGUUUGGUAAGAUCCACUGCGGCAUUACCAUCCUUUAUCUGACACAGUGGAAUCGUGCAGGAGCAUGUACAAUGUGGAUACAGCCUGAUUGCACCGGUGAAUGGUCGUUGAGGAUCGAUGAUCCAGCUAAUACUCAUCUGGGAACUUGCUUUUCGGAGUAUUACUACAUCAUGGCGGUCUCCUGUGAGCCGGCGUGA